UCCGCGCGCACCACCGGUAGCUCCUGUGGCUGCUGCCGGGGCAUCGGGAACCUCCGCCAGGAGUUUUUGCCAUCGUCGGCUGGGAGGAUGAUCGGAAGGUAAAGCCGUCCUUGUACCGGCGAGAGCUGCGUCCGGGCUCCUGCUCGCCUCUCCAAGCCAGAGGAAAACAGCGGUCAAUUGGGAACUGUGCAGGGCACGGCGGGGAAGAAGAGAGCCGGAGCGGGAGAUUGCGCUCCAAACGGGGCUCUUUCCCGACCCCUUUCCGCUAUUCCAGCUGCUGGACUUUUCCAUGAAGCUCCUCCAUGGGCAUAAAGGAGUUCGACCCGGAUCCCGACUUUUGGAUAUGAGGACUCUCCGGACUUAAGAGGGGCUGAGAAGCUGCUGCUGCAGCGGGUGCGAGGGGAAAGGCGGGCGCGCGUGAGGAAGGGGGCGGCGGUGUCUCUCGCCAGCCUCCAGGUGGGCCCCUCAGCCCCCUUCCGCCGGUCUCCGCCAGCCACGCGCACCGAGGGAUCUCCGGGCGUGUUAAUGGUUCCCGGAGUCCUUUGCUCAGUCCCGUUGGUCUUGGGGCGACGGCCCCAAGCUCGCCAUUCCGUUUCUUAAAGAGGGGCUCGCUCGUCGUCUCGGGCUCUGCCUCCCCGACCAAAGCGUUUUCCCUCCUCACUCGGCUGGGAUAGUUAUGGUGUAGCUUCGUCGAGCAGCGCCACUCGGGGUUUCCCCGUUAGUCGCGCCCGCGUUUCCCAGCGUCUGCGGUCUCCCUCGGACUUCGUGACAAAGGAAGUCCCACGCGAGAUGCCGAAAGUUCCUCGACGGCCAAGAGUUCGCGGGGCGACCAAGUGGGGCUAGAAGACCCGAAGUCGCCAAGUGACUUUUGACCGAGGAGAGGGAAACCUGAAGAGACGGCUUUGGACUCCCACAGGGCGGCUCCUCUUGGUGUCGGCUAAGAGCGGGUGGACUGCGGUGCUGUUUACCCUCAGCCCCAAACCCUUCGGCAGACCGCAGGCUCUAUCUUAUCCUUUGGCCUCCCCACACCCCGUCUCUCACACACACACACAGAGAGACACACACAAAUACACACACACAGCCUGUUCCUAGCCAGUUGCUGCAGCGAGGUGACAACCAAGUUGGCACUUACUUCAGGGGUCGUCUAUUAGCGGCAGCCCACCCCCUCGUUGGCACUCUACGCCUGACUUCCCAGCGGAGCCCGCCUUCCUCAGGCCGGCUUCUGUCUCUCGUAUAUUUUCCUCUCUUUUCUUGCUCUCGCGCGCGCGGGCGCACCAACUUCUGUGGCCGCUGCCCGUGUCAAUCCAGGCCAGCCAGAAGAGAGGGCGCGGGACGGGCAGCCUUGCAUAGCUGACGGAGCCUCCGAAUCAAGGGCAGGAGCCGCCGCCGCUGCUGCUCCCCACCGUCCCCUCGCCCGCCUCGCGGUGCCAUGUGGCGGGGCCGGCGUUGGCAGCUGCUGGCGGCGCCGGGAGGGCGGCUUCUGCUCCUGCUGCUGUUCCUGCUGGUCGGACUGAGGGCGCGAGGAGCGCUGGCUAGCGGCGAGUAUUGCCACGGCUGGCAGGAUGGAGCGUCGUGGCGGGAAGGUUUCCAGUGUCCGGAGCAUUUCGACGACGGCGACGCCACCAUUUGCUGCGGCACCUGCGCGCUUCGCUACUGCUGCUCUCGCCCGGAGGUCCGCCUGGAUCAGGGCAUGUGCGACAACGACCGGCAACACGGCGGAGCCGAGCACGGCCGGCCGGAUAAAGACGUGCCAGACAGCGCCGCAGUGCCUAUAUAUGUGCCAUUCCUUAUUGUGGGGUCUGUUUUCGUGGCAUUCAUUAUUCUGGGAUCCCUCGUGGCUGCUUGCUGUUGCCGGUGUCUGCGACCCAAGCAAGAACCACAACAGAGCCGGGCUCCUGGAGGGAAUAGGAUAAUGGAGACAAUCCCCAUGAUUCCAAGUGCCAGCACCUCCCGUGGAUCAUCCUCGCGUCAAUCAAGCACAGCUGCCAGCUCCAGUUCAAGUGCCAACUCUGGUGCCAGGGCUGCCCCCACCAGAUCACAAGCUAACUGCUGCUUACCAGAGGGGACCAUGAAUAAUGUAUAUGUCAACAUGCCAACUAAUUUCUCAGUACUGAACUGCCAACAAGCCACACAGAUAGUGCCUCACCAAGGGCAGUAUUUGCACCCCCAGUACGUGGGGUAUGCUGUGCAACAUGACUCCAUGCCCAUGACCUCUGUCCCACCUUUCCUGGAUAGCCUGCAGAGUGGGUACAGACCAGUUCAGUCGCCAUAUCCCCACAGUAAUAGCGAACAGAAAAUGUAUCCUGCAGUGACUGUGUAAAUCUGAAGAACGGAAGGAAGCAAGAAAUCAAACUAGUCACAAUGACGCAUCAAGCAAAGGAGUAGUAACAACAAACUGUACAAAACAACAAUUUGUAAAUAAUUUUGGAAAGCCUGUGCUUCAGACAGUAUCUAUUCCUGGUUUUCACUGGAUGCAGUAACGAAAAACUGUAUGAAGGUACCUGGAAGUGGUAUUUCUAGGUAAUGCCUCCAUUCCAGUGUAUAAUUUAUAAUGGCUAAGAAUUAUGCUGAAGGAGGCACUGAUACUUCUGUUACCAAACUUGUGUAAAUAAGUGAUUAAAUGCCGCUCAGGUACUUCCCAGUCAGUGGUAUUUGCCUAGUGAAUAGAAGACAUUUUGUAAUGUGACAAGACAAUAUUUUAGGAGUGUCUUGUUUUACCUUUUUUGUCCUAGGUACAAUGACUCUUCAUAUUGCUGUACCGACAAUCAUGCUUCACAGUAGUAGGCUAAAUGGUGCAAUGUUUGUGUCAGUCCUAGGAAUUUAUCGGUUAGCCCAGUGGUAAAAAUGUAGUCAUUCCACUGUAGGAAGUCCAUAUCCAUAUCCUGACAUCGCUCUUCCAUCUCCCUUCUCAUGAGUUCUGCAGCAGUUGAUUUGAGAGAACUUCUGCUGGAGAAUCUGGAGAGCCAUAAAAUCAGACAAAUAAUUUGACUUCAUGUGACAGCUUCAUAUGGUUUCUUUUCCUAACCAUAUAACGUUUAUUUUCCAAUGGACUCGAAGUUUUGAUUUAUAGUCUGGGAUUUAAGGAACUAAAUCAGCCAUGCUCAUUCAGAAACAAGGAAACUGGGAUUUAUUUCAUAACUGCCUUUUCCAAAUAGCAAGUCCUCAUUACUCCAUAAAAGUUGCCUUUCAAAAUGUUCUCACUAAGCAGUCAGCCACUGUGACAUAUCUCCUCAGGAGCAUGAAUACGUCUGUGCAGUCCUUUGGAUUAGGGCCAUGGUCAAUGCAGAAAUAUUAUUUAUCUCAGGCAUUUUCAGAUCAUAGUAAAUUACUUCAAUUAAAAUACCCACGAAGGCUCCAAUAUCUGUUUUACUAAUCUGUGAAUUUCAGUGUUUGCUCACAAAGGCUCCUGCAUGCCUCAAAAACUGCAUUUGGGAAUGUUGGUAACGUGAGAUUUGUGGAUUGUAGCCAAUACUUCAUCCAACAUGUUCGUAACUCUUUUUGUAUUUGAAUGCAAUACAAAAGUCACAAGAAUUAACAUGGACCUGAGAAGGGGGAAUUCCUAUUUAAUAUCAAUAAAAACAGGCCAAAUAGUCACACGCUUGGAAAAUUCUACCCAAGUUUCAACAUUGGAGUUCAGAGGAAGGUUUAAAUUAGCAACCACAAGAAGAAUUAGAAAGUAAAAAUAACAGUAUAAAAAUGUUACAAUGAGAAUGUGACAGUCCACAGACACCCAUGUAAAAACAUUUUUGAUAAAUUGGAUAGUUCUUUAUGAAAGUUAAAAAGUUUAAAUGGCAUUAAAUCAAAACUAUAGUGCCCUGUACCAACUGAUCUCAUUUACAGUAUCUCGUCACCCUAGUAUUACAGUAUAUCUUAUAGAGGCUUAUUAGUAGUGACAUCAUUGUAUUUGAUUAAUAAAUUAGCUCUUAUCUUGAAAAGACCUUUUUGGUCUGAAUAGAUCAAUUUGGCUUAAAAAUAUGAAGUGCUUAGGAGCUAACUGGAUUAAAUUCAAUAUCAUCUCAGAGGUAGAUUUAAAUUUUCCUAGCUGAAACGAAAGUUGAUGGUCUUGGGCUGCAAUCCUUUAUAUACAGAAUUAGAAGUAAGUCCAGUUUGACAUCAGUUAGGCUUCCUUCUUAGUGCAUAGAGCUGCACUUUCUCAUCCUAAAAUUCAUUGCACAUGUCCUGCAACUUCGGUGAAAAUCAGGUGAAUGUUUUGUUUAUUUGUUUGGGGAAAAAAAAGUUAAAAUCGAAAGUAUUAUAGAAACUAAUUUACAACUACUUGGGAGAAAUGCUUUUCAUUGAGAAAUGUAUGAAUGUGAGAAAGUUCAUUGUGUAUUUGUUGAUUUAGAUUAAACAUAUGAUAAAGGAUUGAAUUAUGGAAUUGAAAUGGUUUCUGAUUGUCACAAUAGUGAUAUACAAUAGAAGAAUAGCAUGUGUGAGAAUAAAUGGAACUUAGUAAAUGGCUCAACACUUAGCAGAAAUUAAAAUCUUCCUAAGGAUGCACAAUAUAGUACUUAAGAACUGUGUGAUACAGCAAGAAAAAAAGAAACAUUAAAAGGUAUGAGUGAUGAAUGCAUGUUAUUGAAUAUGAAAGUGAGUGACCAGUAUGAAUGUAGUAUAUUAUUGUGGUAUGUACAGAUAGUGAGAAUUAAUGAGGAUGCAAUUGCAGAAUGAACUCUGAAGUAAGAAUGAUUGGUUGAGAGAAAGGCUAAGACCUACAAAAUUGUCUUAGGUUUGAAUUGAUGAGAUUUUCAGAAAAAUAUGAAGUAUAAGGAACAAAAGGCAAUGUAUGAAGCAAUGUAUGAAUAUGAAAAGCAAGCAAGGAUGGUAUGCAAACAUAGAAAAGCCUGGAGAUGUUAAAUGAAUAGUAUUGGUGUAAGCGAAUUUUUAGUUGUGUUUCCUUUUUUUAUGUAAUUCUUUUAAUCUUUUUGAUUUAUAAGGUCUUUUCUGUGCUCUGCAUAAUUUGCUAACCCUGAAAGGGAAUAACAUAAUGUGUAUGUAUGUAUAUACAGGGAAAUGCUUUGAGUUGUAAUAAAAAUGAUUUGUGAUGUGGUGUUUUAUAUGUCAUGUAAAAUAAGUAAAAUAUUGUUAAUGUUCGGUUUAAUUUUUAAAAAUUUCUUAAAAGAGCAUUUGAGUGAUUCUUACAAGUGAAAAAAAUCUUUUGUUUCAUAAUAAAUAUUUUA